AGAGUAUGGAAAAAGAAAAGGCCAGCUUGGAAAAUCAAGCGGCUGAAUUUGAAGAACGUAUCACAGCGAUGACAGCGCACUUGAAAAACGUCAAGCAGGAGUUUAAUUUGACCCAGUCUCUUCUCAGAGCCAGAAAGAAUGAAAUUGAAACCGAACUGCAUUUUAAAGCCAUUGCUGAGAGAGAACUGGGGCGCCUGAAGAGUGAGAUUCAAAGGCUGGAGAAUGAGACGGUUUCGUUGAGGGAGAAGAAAAUUAGUCAAGAAAACAAUGUCUUCAAAUUGACUCAGAAGCUGGAAGCCCUAAGAUGCCAAAUGAACUGGGACCAACAGGCACUGGAGGCUUGGUUAGAAGAAUCCGCUCGUAAAGACAAUGAUACCUUGGUGAUCCAGAAAUAUGCCCAGGAAGACGAUGGCAAAUUAAGAGCACUGACUAUGAAGAUUGAGUUGCUGACCGUAGACUGUAAUCAUAGGCGCAAACUUCUUGACAAUGAGCUGACAGAAACCCUUGCUGCUCAGAUCGAGUUGGACAAGGCAGCUGAAGAUUUCCGUCGGGUUCAUCACGAGAGACAAGAGCUUAUCAGACAGUGGGAGAACACCAUAGAGCAAAUGCAGAAAAGAGAUCAAGAAAUAGACCAGUGUGGCUUGCUGUUAGCCCAGGCCAGGCGAGCGAUAAGAGCCAAGGAGAGUGUGCUUAAAGACAAGAUCCAGUUUCUGGCAAACGAGAGUGGCAACAACAUGGAGUAUGAGAAGAGGAUUGGCAUAGCCGAUCGGCAGGCUGCCAAAUUGCGGAUAGAGUACCAAAAAGAGGAGGCUAAUCGGAAUCAGCUGCAGGAUGAGCUGGAUACGCUGAAAGCCACUGUGGAUGGGACUGCUUCUGAACUAGAACAGAUGAGAGCCUCGGUAGCUAACCUGAAGAAGGAAAUGCAGGAGAAAACUUUCAGGCUAAACUUCAUGAAGGACCACAAUGAGAGCCUUUCCAAGAAGCUGAAAUCGGUGGGGGACCAGGCAUUGACGUUGGAAGAGAAAGCGGCCAGGAUGGAAGAGAUGCUGAGAGAAAAGGAGAGAACCAACAAGGAGAAAGAAACACUGGCACAGCAGUUGCGAGAGACACACUUCAAGAAAACCAAGGAGUUACAGGAACUGAAGGAAAGAGAGAAGGGUCUCAUAGCUGAAAUCAACGGACGUCGGGGACUGAUGAAAAACCUCAACAUCCGGUUAGGCCGGCUGGAUGGAGAGUCUCUCAGGCAACAAGAAAUCAUGUAUAUUCAGGAUUUUUAUAUUCAGCAAGUGGAGCGCAGGCUGUCACGCUUAAAGGGGGAGCUUAACACAGACGAGAGGCAAAUUUUAGAAGCAAAACUCGAGGAACUGACAAAGAUUUCGGAUGAGAAGAAGCAAGCGUGCAACAUUUUGCAAGCCCAGCAGAAGAAACUUCAGAGUGAUAUUCACUUUCUCAAGUUGGCCAUGAAUAAGACUGGAGACGAAAUGGCUGGUCUGAAUACUAGACUGGAUGAACUGAACCUUUUCACUGACAAAUCAGAGAAGCUGCUAAAAAAAGCCAGAGCAGAAAAGCAGGAUUUGAUGAUCGAAGACAACCUCCUGAAGCUGGAACUGAAGCGGGUCAGAAAUACCCUGUAUGACAAGGCGGGGAAGGUCCUGUCUCUCGAGAAACGCAAGCAGCAGUUAAAAACAGCAAUGGAAGAAAGGACGGCGGAGAUCAAAGUCCACAAGGCGAUGCUUGAGAGCCAGAUCAGAAUUGCCGAGCAGGAGCGUCAGACGAUGAGCACCGAGUUUCACGAGCGAUUAAGCAAAAUCGACAAGCUGAAGAGCAGGUAUGAGAUCAUCACCAUCGUCAUGAUGCCCCCAGAAGGAGAAGAGGAGAAGACUCAGAUCUAUUACGUCAUCAAGGCUGCUCAAGAAAAGGAGGAUUUGCAGCGCGAAGGGGACGCUUUGGAUGCCAAGAUCCAGCAAGCUGAAAAAGAAUGCGCUGCCCUGAAGAACACCCUGCAUGUGGUCAAUAAUUGCAACAGCAACUACCGAAACUCAUUAAAGAAAGUCACAGAGAACAGUGAAGAGUAUGAAGAAAAGCUGCAGCUGGAAAAAGAGAAAAGAGCAGCAGAUGAGAAAUACAGAUACAAACGAAGGCAGAUCAAGGAGCUCCAGGAAGACAUCCAGACCAUGCAAAAUACUCUGGAUAACCUUUUAAAAGAGGAAGCUCUCUGCAAAGAACAAUCCAAGGAGAAAAAUGAACUCAUUUUACAGCUGACCAAAGAAAUAGAAUACCAGAAGCCUAAACUAGAACGAGUCGUGAAGCAGGUUUCCCGAUUAUCCAGAGACCUCCGCUCGCUAAAGAAUACAGAGUCAGAAACACUGGAAGAACAUGACAUCAGUUUUCGUGAGCUGAAAGAUUUCAACAGGUCCAUUGAUAAAAUGCUGCUUGAUAUUGCAGACUCAGAUUCAGAGAUAGGCGCAGUCUUACGGACGUAUUUUGAACAGGCUGACUUAUUGUUUCCUACUGUUCCUUGCCGUCUUAGUUCUCGGUCAUCGUCCUCGAGCAUCUCCUCGAAGAGUUCCGCCUCAUCUUCUAGUCAACAGCACCUUAAAGUUGUCUCCUUGACUUUACCCUCCGCUUCUGAGAUUGUUUCGCGCCCUUCGACCCGAAGCAGCUCCGGCACCUCUCACAGCAGGACCUCCAAGUAGUGCUCAGGGCUGCAUCGUAAGGAAUGUGUUAUAUCGUUUUGAGCGAUUAGGAGUUAGUGCGUAUGCUUUACUUAGAAAAGUUUCCAUUAAACUGUAGUGCAUUUUAUCUCCACAGGUUAAGUAGGUGAAAGUUACUGUUAGGUUAUAUUGAGCAAACUUACUAAAAGUUCAAUAAAACUCUUUAAGUGAGAAAGCUGAGAAGCUAAAUUACUGCAGCUGCAGAAUAAAGCAAAUUUUAGACUG